CCCUCGUGGAUAGCCCACCCCAAUACGAAGUUGUUCUCCAAGUUCCGCGAUCCAUUCGAUCAGCCCUACGCCUUAUAAGGUGUGCAAUUCUUCGACUCAAACUUAAGAACGGCACUUUUUCGCGUCAACACCCACACUUCACUUUACUUCCAUCCUACCUACCUACAAUCUACCACCACAACCACAACACACAUUAUACCCCUACGGGGAGAAGAAAAUAAAAAUGACAAGACUCUACCCCCUCUUCAUCCUCCUCUUCGUGCUGCUCAUCCUGGGCACAAUCUUCUACAUCACCUACUCCAUCAUUCAAGACGUGAAGCGCAAUACCCGAUCCAAAAUGGAGAAGAAGAAUGUCACCUUCUCUCGUGAUGGAGUCACCGUCGGUGUGAAGGAGUUGAAGGAUGAGGAUUAUUUGGAUCGGAGUCAGAGUAUUCUGGUUAACAUGUGGAAUCAUACUUCCUUUCCUGCGUAUAAGAGUCGACUGUGGGAUAUGACGAAGCCGACGAAUUGGAAUGAGAAUGCCGCUGGGGCGAGUGAUGAGGGGUUGAGGGGGCGGUUUUGGAGUGCGGCGGGGAGGGUCGGUGAGUGGGCUGGAUAUCAUGAUCAGGGUCAGGAGGGGGAGAAGAAGAAGGGGCAAUGAGAUCAAACUGGGGUGGGUUCAAAUAAUACUGGGGAUUGGAGUUAUGUGUUGGUUUGGGUUUUUCUGCAUGGGGUGCGGGUGGUAUGCUAUGCUGUACACGCUGGCUUUGCAUUCAUUAUU